UCACACGCGUGCGCAAUUCAAUGUUGUGAUUUCAACUGAAGCAACAUGUCUGCCUCCAUGGUGCGAGCGACCGUCCGAGCCGUCAGCAAAAGAAAGAUACUGUCAACAAGAGCCGCACUGACACUGACUCCAGCAGCUGUGAACAAGAUCAGGUUGCUGUUGCAGAGCAAGCCGGAAUAUAUCGGUUUGAAGGUUGGAGUACGAACACGUGGCUGUAAUGGACUGACUUACACGCUGGACUACACCAAGGAUAAAGACACAUCUGAUGAGGAAGUGCUGCAGGAUGGCGUGAGGGUGUUCAUAGCGAAGAAGGCUCAGCUGACCCUUCUGGGAACUGAGAUGGACUUUGUGGAGUCUAAACUGUCCAGUGAAUUUGUCUUCAACAAUCCCAACAUAAAGGGCACAUGUGGCUGUGGGGAAAGCUUCAACAUGUGAGCAUCAUGGAGCCUCCGUCCGUCCUCCCUCAACCUCCCUGCUCCAAACCCUGUCCCAUCCGUAAAGACCGAGAGACUGAAUGUUGACGAGGAAGACGAACAUGAGGAAAUCUUUGCAAUAUGGACGUGCCUGCGUUCCUACCACUGCUCUUACUGCAGACCACUCGCGUACAUGCACUUGUGAAGCCCAAGUAUGCAAAUUCAUGCUUAGAGGAAGUUUUUAAUAGUCUGCGUAGUUGAAACCAUCUCAUCAUGUUGAUUUUAAGUUCCGAUACCUCUGAUCUUGGCAACUGCUUUUGUAUACGCGAACCAUGUAUCUAAAUAACUUUAGAAGGACCUCAAAAGCAAGAGGUUUUUUAAUUUGGUGAGUGGCUGCCAUUUUACACAGACAUGCACAUUAUUUUUAGAAAUUAAGUCAAAUUUCACCAUGACUUGUAUGCAGUAAGAAAUGGUACAACAUGGCCUAGGAACAUGCUCACUGAAGAGUUGUUCAGGUUUAAGUUGGACAAGCUACCAGGAUAAAGCUUGAUACUGUUAAGUAUUCUGUUAUUUAAGUUUGAAUCUAUCCACCAAAAUCCAUAAACCAACAUCAGCUGUUGAUAAACACACUGUAAGACGGUGUGCUAUCACCCAGUGUCCUGCACCCAGCAGUAUGCAAAAAUAGAAGAGUUUGAGUGUCUUGUAACUGCUUUAUUAGUUUGUAAAAUGUAUAUUUAUCUCGGUGUGUAAAUAUAAAGAAUGUAUAUCUCCCUUGAACCACGCAAGCGCACAAAAAAAGUAACGCACAAAACAUGUAUUCCUCACUUAUGAGUACAUGGCGUUUAUGUUGGGUAUUUUUUUUUUCUUGAUCAAAGCCAGGACUUUGUGUUUGUACUGUGCAAUAUGUCUGUGUACAUAUGAAAUAAUAAAUGGCUGAAUAUAGUAAUA